UCUACUAUUCCCAUUUUGGUCAAUCGGAUCCAAAUCUCGAUCCAUUUGCUUCUCGGUUGAUCGCGGCGGCGACGAUGGGAGUUCCGGCGUUCUACCGUUGGCUCGCCGAUCGUUAUCCUUUGGCAAUUGUGGAUGUGAUUGAGGAGGAGCCGACGGAGGGCCCUGGCGGCGAGCCUGUAUCUGUCGAUCCCUCCGCGCCGAAUCCUAACGGGAUCGAGUUUGACAAUCUCUACCUCGACAUGAAUGGCAUUAUCCAUCCUUGUUUCCACCCGGAUGGCAGGUCUCCACCUGCAACCUAUGAUGAUGUUUUCAAGUCAAUUUUUUAUUAUAUUGAUCAUCUCUUUGGAUUAGUCCGCCCAAGAAAACUUUUGUAUAUGGCAAUAGAUGGUGUUGCCCCCAGGGCUAAAAUGAAUCAGCAGCGAACCCGACGUUUUAGGGCUGCGAAGGAUGCAGCUGAAGCUGCAUCUGAAGAGGAAAAGCUGAGGCAGGAAUUUGAAGAAGGAAAACUGUUGUCUCUGACGGAUAAGCGAGAGACAUCUGAUUCAAAUGUCAUAACUCCCGGGACUGAAUUUAUGGCUAAACUUUCUGUUGCACUUCAACAUUACAUUCAAAUGAAAUUGAAACAAAGUCAUGGGUGGAGGUCUGUUAAGGUAAUGUUAUCUGAUGCAAAUGUGCCUGGCGAGGGUGAACACAAAAUAAUGUCCUACAUACGGUUGCAACGUAACCUUCCUGGUUUCGAUCCAAAUACAAGGCAUUGUCUGUAUGGCUUGGAUGCAGACUUGAUUAUGCUAUCUUUGGCUACUCAUGAGAUUCAUUUCUAUAUUCUGAGAGAGAUGGUGACACUGCCAGGGCAUCAGGGGAAAUGUUUUUUGUGCGGUCAGGUUGGGCAUCUUGCCGCUGAUUGUAGAAGCAAGUCUAGUGAAAAUGCUUCGGGUGAUGAUGGAAAAGCUCUAGAUGAAACCCCAAUUUACAAAAAGAAGUAUCAGUUCCUUAACAUUUGGAUCUUGCGAGAAUAUCUGGAGUACGAUUUGCAGAUAACAGAUCCGCCAUUCAGAAUUAGCUUUGAACGGCUUGUAGACGAUUUCGUGUUUAUGUGCUUUUUUGUUGGAAAUGAUUUUCUCCCGCAUAUGCCGACAUUAGAAAUCCGCGAGGGGGCAAUUAACCUACUCAUGUUUGUGUAUAAGAGGGAGUUUGCAGCGAUGGGCGGCUAUCUAACAAAUGCUGGUGAUGUUUUACUGGAGAGAGUGGAGCAUUUUAUUCAGUCAGUUGCUGUCUAUGAAGAACAAAUAUUUAGGAAACGUGCUCGUAUUCAACAGGCGAUGGACAGCAAUGGAGAUUUGAAGCUAAAGACACACAGAGAAAGUUGUGAUAAUGGUUUAAGUGUAGACAAGAUCAAAUUGGGGGAACCGGGAUAUAAAGAAAGGUACUAUACUGAGAAGUUUGGAGAAGAAGCUGUUAAUUCAAUUGAAGAAUUGAAGAAUGACCUCGUUCAAAAAUAUGUUGAAGGACUCUGUUGGAUCAUGAGAUAUUAUUAUGAAGGUGUCUGCUCCUGGCAGUGGUUUUACCCAUACCAUUAUGCUCCCUUUGCUUCUGAUCUGAAGGGCCUUACUGAUUUGGAGAUCACGUUUUUCCGAGGUCAACCAUUUAAACCAUUUGAUCAAUUAAUGGGAACACUACCAGCUUCCAGCUCUGAAGCUCUGCCUAAACACUAUGGUGUUCUAAUGACUGAUCCAACUUCAUCUUUAAGCUCUUUCUAUCCUGAAGAUUUUGAGAUUGAUAUGAAUGGUAAAAAGUUCGCGUGGCAGGGGGUUGCAAAAUUGCCUUUUAUUGAUGAAAGACGCUUGUUAGCUGAGACGAGGAAGCUCGAAGAGUCAUUGACGGAGGAGGAAAGAUUUAGAAAUAAUAUAAUGUUUGACAUAAUUUAUGUCAAUAGUAAUCAUCCUUUGGCCGUGCAAUUUGCUUCACUAUAUCAAAUGAGAUCUCAAUUUGGAUUGCAUGCAUCAUAUCAAAUUAUAAUAGAUGCAGCUCUGAGUGGUGGAAUGAAUGGCUUUCUUUGUUUGACCGAGAGAAACAUUUGCACCUCAUCAGUUCACUUUAUCAAUAAUAAUUUGGUUUUGAAUGCUACUUAUUUUAAUCCUUUGCCCCAUCCUCACAUCCCUGAACCUCCGAAGUAUGUCUUUUUUCCUGCAAAGAUUUUAAAACCGUAUGACAUCAAGCCAUUCCCUAUACUUUGGCAUGAAGACAAUGGUUCCUCGCGGCAGAAAGCAAGAGAGAGGCCACAGGUAUCAGGGGCCAUCUCCGGACUACUUUUAGGAGAAGCUGCACAUAGACUGGUGAAGAAUUCCUUGCAGAUCAAAGCCAACAGUGCAGGCCUGCUUGACAUCCCACAUAGCAGGAGAAACUCAAACUCGCAUUUGGCCGUUAAGAUGAAGCUCGCUCCCGCUCGACCUUCAGGACACGAAAGCGGCUUCCAAAACCCCAAGUAUUAUCAGCAUCAUCCUGCACAUUCCCCCCAGGAUUUCUCAAAUCCAUGGCCAUCUCCCUCCUCUGAGAUCCAGAAUACCAGAAACACCCACAGAAUAAAUGAGCAGUUCAAUCCUCAUGAUCAGUAUAACUUUGGAAGAGGCGUUCGAUCACAACAGAGAAUAACACAGCCACACGUUCAGAGUGUUGGUCCGCCGCCUCCACCUCCUCCGACAAACUGGAUUGGUAGACAUUCGGAGCGAGUAUAUAGCCCGAACAUUGGCCAUGCAUUGCCUUCUCUUUAUAUACAAUCAUCUCAACAACAGCAGCAGCAACAGCAACAACAACAAUUUGUGCAGAAAGUAGCUUAUCGGAUUAAGCCUCGACCAUCACAAACUUAGAUUUUGCAGUAAUCCUCAAUGAUUACAACCUACUUCUUGGUUCACAUAAUGUUGCAAAAUACUCUUAAUUUUUCCAUCUCUCAGGCAGGGCUACCACAAAUUAGUGUAUUGUUAGGUAGGCAGUAUUCAUGCAUGCGAAAAAAUAUUACGUUCGUUGGCUGGACGCACUUGCGUCCGGACAACUGCUACGAUACAACAGAGGAGGGAAAAAAAAAGAACCUCCGCUGCAUCACAGCCGUUGUCCGAAUGUAACUUUUGUCAGGACAACAGACACAAUAUUUUCUUCAUGCAUGCAGAGUUCUAGUCUUUGUUAAGUGUUUAGCAAACAUUUUAGUAUGUUUUUUUCUAUUUUGUAUAUUUAUUUUAAAAUAAUAGGUUGAACCAUUUAGAACUUUAAAAA